ACCAGCGCUUCCGACUGUACGUCCAAAAAGUUACUAAGAGACAAAGCAGCCGAAAUUAUUUUACGAGCUAAUGUAAUGUCUCUGCACAUGUAUAUAUAUUAUAUACCUAUGUAUAUUAGUGCCAAGUGGCGCGCGCCGCUCGCACCCACCACAUGCAGAAUCGACGUAUUUUGACAACUGUGCUCAUGCCCCAUAGUUCUAAAUCAGUACAGACUCAUGACAGUAUUAAUUUACAUUGGACAAGAAAAGAACGCUUAAAAUGGAGUAUUAUAUUACUCAGCGGUACAUGUCUUGUCUAUGCUACAAGAACAUCUGUUCCUCUUCUGGUGCCCAUCAUUGGCAAAGAAAGAGAAUGGAGCAAAACAGACUCUGGAACUGUUCUAUCCAGUUUCUUUUGGGGCUACACAAUGACCCAAGUAUUAGGAGGAUACGUAAGCGAUCGAAUUGGAGGCCAACGGAUUAUGUGGAUAGCUGCAAUAGGAUGGGGAAUAUCAACAUUCUUAUUACCUGAUAUAAUCUCCCUUUUUUCAAAGGAUGAUGCCUACUCUAUAGAGACUAUAGCCUUUGCUAGAUUAAUUAAUGGAGCAUUCCAAGGGAUGCACUUUCCCAGUAUGAUAAGUUUGACCAGUCAACGAUUGAGCGAAGGAGAAAGAGCAUCUUUCUUCAGCUUGGUGACUUCAGGGUCAGCUUUGGGAACUCUGUUAACAGGAGUUCUAGGGUCCUAUGUUUUAGAAAGUUAUAAAUGGGACACUGUUUUCAGGCUUUUAGGAUGCAUAAGUGUUGCCUGGACGUUUGUGCUAAUUUAUUACUCUCUGUUGUUAAAUGGGCGAACAACAACUAACAAACAAUCAUCAAGCAACAAACUACCUAUAAGAGAACUUAUCACUAAAGCACCUUUCUGGUCUUGCGUGAUUGGACAUGCCUGUCAAAACAAUUGCUUUUUUAUCUUACUAUCGUGGAUGCCAACAUACUUUCAUGAUACUUUUCCCGAAGUCAAGAGCUGGAUUGUAAAUAUGGUACCAUGGCUUGCUUCAGUACCCUCUAUAUUUUUGGGAAGAGCCAUUUCUGAGAAACUUAUCAAGACUGGUUACUCGAUUACGGCAACGCGUAAAAUUAUACAAACGACUUGUUUUACUAUACAAGCGAUAAAUUUAUUGUUUUUAGCUGCAACAAAUUCAUCAGACAAGGCAAUUUUAUACGUUACUUUAAUAAUUGCUGGUUCUGGUUUUCACAAUAGUGCAAUUGUUGUAAAUCCUUCAGACUUGGCCCCAAAACAUUCAGGAAGUGUUUUUGGUUUCAUGAACACCAUUGGAGCUGUACCUGGAUUUUUGGGGGUUUAUUUUGCUGGACAUAUUUUACACCUAACACACAGCUGGGCUGUUGUCUUUCUUUACAUGUUUGUCAUUGAAAUAAUAGGAUGUGCAGUUUAUCUAAUUUUUGGUUCUGGUCAAGCAAUUUUGUAAACAACACUUUUAGCCGUAUAAAAAGUUUAUUAUUAAAGAGACUUUGACAUAUAA